AUGAGAGGCCAGAUCAAGCGCAAGGCCGCACCGUUGGCGAUUCCACAACCUGGGGAGAACGCAGCGGAAAGGAAACGGGUGCUCAAUGUCCUUGCCCAACGACGAUACCGCCAGCGACGGAAAGAACACAUCAAAAAGCUCGAAUCACAAGCAGCGGAUGUGAACGGGGAUGCCAACGUGUUCUAUGGACAGAGCCCUCCUUUGACAACGAGCCUAAGCGUAGCACCAUGCGCCAAUGGAGCACAAACGGAAGCUGGUAGUGAACCAUGGCAUUCAUCAUUCCAGCAACCAGACAUAUCGUUUGAUGACAGCACUUGCGAAUACCCAAUCAAGACAGCUGGGGAAACUGCGUCGUUCCCUGCUCUACCAGAUGCUUUUGCUGGCUACGACGCAUACUCCUUCACCAGCAUUGCUGCCGACGACGAGGCUCUCUGGGAUACGUCGAUACUGCUGCCUUCUUUGCCGAGCACACCGCUGUCACCGUCAAAGCAUACGUCUUCGAGCGAGAGCGAGACGUGGUCGCUGGCACCUUUCCCGGCAGCCACCGGAAGUCCGGGGACCGGUCAGACGACGCCUCAAGCGCAGUCCAUAUUUGAGCAGGAGAUGACAUAUGCAUUCCCCGACGAAGCACACUUGGAGAUGAUCGAGCUUACCUUACUUCGGGGCUGUAUGUCAAUCGCUAGGCGGAUGAAAGUCGAAGACAUCAUAUGGUCGCUGACCUCAACAUCGCCGUUCGCUGAUUCUUCGACAGCGCUGGCACAGUUCGAUCACCUACCGAGUAAUUUACAACCGACGCUGACUCAAAUGACCAUCCCGCACCACCCAGUUAUUGACCUCCUACCCUGGCCAUCGGCGCGCGACAGAAUGAUCAAGGUGCUUUCACAGCCUCCCAAGUUUCGACCUCCGGGGGCAGCCUCGCCAAUGGUCCUACUGGACUUCGUGUAUGACCUUGAGGACAGCGCAGAGGGCGUCAGGAUAAGCGGCAGUGAUCCAUUCUCGGAGAUGAACUGGGAGGUGGGCGAAAAGGUGUUCAAGUCGUGGUGGUGGAUUCUCGAUAGAGAUAUCAUCAAGAGAAGCAAUGAACUGCGAGCGUCGAGGGGCGCGCCGAUGCUGGGGAGCGGGAGAAUUGUAGGGGAGGUGGUAUGA